AGUGAGAAUCAAUAACAAUGGCGACUUCUUGGAAGGUUAAAGGGAGAGCGAGAGUGUCGAAUGUCAGCGACCUGUUCGGAAAACCUCUUGCCAUUGAGCUCCUCAGUAGCCUGCUUGAUCCAAGGGCGAACGGGGAGAAGAAGACCAUAAAGGGGGAAGCAGGCAAGACCGGGAAGACGGAGGACGAUGUUUUGGUGUACGAGGGGACGUUCGAGGUGCCCUCAGAUUUCGGGGAGGUGGGUGCUGUUCUGCUGCGCAACGGCCACCACAAGGAGAUGUUCCUCCACGACAUUCUUCUCCACGGCCUCCCUCAUGGCCCCCUCCUCUUCACCUGCGACUCCUGGCUUCAGCCUGAUCUCCCCAGACUCUUCUUCUCCAACAAGUCGUAUUUGCCAUCACAAACACCAAGUGGCCUGAAAAGGCUGAGAGAGGAGGAGCUGGCGGCCGUGAGAGGCAAUGGCGACGGAGAGAGAAAGAGUACCGACAGAAUUUACGACUACGACCUCUAUAACGACCUGGGUGACCCUGAUUCCGACAUCGAUCUCGCAAGACCCGUUCUUGGCGGCUCUCUUCGUCCCUACCCUAGACGCUGUCGUACCGGUCGCAAACCUUCUUCUGCAGACCCACAUUCGGAGAAGAGAAGCUCAAGUGUGUACGUUCCCCGGGACGAAGCAUUCUCAGAGACAAAGCAGACUCAGUUCACGACAACCACAGUAUCUGCAGGGGUGAGUGCACUGAUACAAUCCUUAGAUGCGGCGGUGGUAGAUCAAAACCUUGGAUUUCCCACAUUCUCAGAGAUAGAUAUGCUUUUCAAAGAGGGGUAUAAUGUACCGCCUCUCAAAAACAGUGGCAAUGGUCUCCUCCAGACGCUCAUCCCCAGCCUCAUCAAAGCUGUUUCAGAUAGCCGGCAAGUCUUGCGCUUUGAGGCCCCUGAAACUAUCAACAGGGAUGAAUUCUUUUGGUUUUCUGAUGAGGAGUUUGCCAGGGAGACUCUGGCAGGUGUUAACCCCUGCACCAUAAAACUGGUCAAGGAAUGGCCACUGGUCAGUAAAUUAAACCCCAGUAUCUAUGGUCCGCCAGAAUCAGCAAUCACCAGAGAUGUAAUUGAGCAACAGAUAAGUGGCUACACCGCUGUUGAAAAGGCCAUUGAAGAGAAGAAGUUAUUCAUUAUAGAUUACCAUGAUUUACUAAUGCCAUAUGUGAGCAAAGUGAGGCAACUUGAGGGAAGAACGUUGUACGGAUCAAGGACAGUGUUCUUCUUGACCACACAAGGCACAUUGAAGCCACUGGCCAUUGAGCUAACUAGACCAGCGAUGGAUGGGAAGCCACAGUGGAAGCAAGUUUUCACGCCUUCUGGUGGUUCCACUAAUAUUUGGCUUUGGAGACUUGCCAAAGCUCAUGUCCUUGCCCAUGAUUCUGGUGUUCAUGAACUUAUCACCCAUUGGCUAAGAAGUCACUGUGCUGUAGAACCAUUUGUGAUAGCAACAAAUAGACAGCUGAGUGCGAUGCAUCCAAUUUACAGAUUGCUACAUCCUCAUCUGAGAUAUACGAUGGCAAUCAAUGCUCUUGCUCGUCAAGCACUCAUCAGUGCUAACGGCAUCAUUGAGAUCUCUUUCUCAACCGGAAAAUAUUCUAUGGAGUUCAGCUCUGAAGUGUAUAACCAACUUUGGAGAUUUGAUUUACAGGCACUUCCCAGUGAUCUUAUUGACAGAGGAAUGGCAGAGGAAGAUCCUAAUGCACCACACGGCCUGAAGCUUACAAUAGAAGACUAUCCUUUUGCCAAUGAUGGCCUCCUUAUAUGGGAUGCCAUCAAGCAGUGGUUCACAGACUAUGUGAAUCACUACUAUCCAAACCCAAGCCUCAUAGAGUCAGACCAAGAGCUCCAAGCAUGGUGGACUGAGAUCAAAACAGUGGGCCAUGCAGACAAGAAGAAUGAGCCGUGGUGGCCAAAUCUCCAAACCCCACAAGACCUAAUUCACAUCCUCACCACCAUAGCCUGGUUAGCCUCAGCUCAUCAUGCUUCUGUGAACUUUUCCCAAUAUGCUUAUGCAGGCUACUUCCCCAACAGACCCUCCAUUGCCAGAAACAAAAUGCCUACAGAGGACGCAUCUAAGGAAGAAUGGGAGAGAUUUCUGAUCAAGCCUGAGCAAACCCUUUUGGAGAAUUUCCCUUCACAGAUUCAGGCCACUAUAGUGAUGGCAGUCCUGUAUCUGCUAUCUAAUCAUUCCCCAGAUGAAGAGUAUAUCGGGCAGAAGAUAGAUCCUUCAUGGGCUGAGGAUCCAACCAUAAAGGCAGCAUUCGGGAGGUUCAAUGGGAGGCUGAAGGAGAUUGAGGAGAUUAUAGACGCAAGGAAUGGUGAUGCAAAGUUGAAGAAUAGGACUGGAGCUGGGAUUGUGCCUUACGAGCUAAUGAAGCCAUUCUCUGGUCCUGGAGUUACUGGAAAGGGAAUUCCAAAUAGCAUAUCAAUUUGAAUCGGUAGCACGAUUUAAUCAGGAUAGUAAUUGUGUGUAAUUUGAUCCUUGGAUUGUGUACGUCGAUAUGGCUUUGGUCCAGGAAAUUAGUGGCUGAAACUAAUAAAAUCUUGAUAAGUUGGUUCUUUCA